AUGGAGGCGAACGUGAGCGACGAGAGCGGCCCGUUCCAGGCGUACCCCUUCGAUUUCCUGGAUUUCCUGACGCACCAGCAGCGCCCGGAGCCCCCCGAGCCCUUCGAGCCGCCCCCCAAGGCGCUGCCGCUGCCCCCUCCCCACUUCGAGUACCCCCUCCCCGCCGGCGCCCCCCCGUUCGAGCGCAGCCCCCUCCCCAAGCACAAACCCGAGCCCCCCCCGCCCCCUUCCUCCUCAUCCUCCUCCUCCCCCCCACCCCAAAAAAACCCGAGGGGUCCCUCGGGGGGGGGUCCCUGGGGGGGGCGUCCCUGGGGGGGUCCCCGUUCCCCCCCCCGCCUCUGCCGCCCCCUCCCCAACCCCUGUUCGAGGCUGGGGGCGCCUUCCCCUCCCCCCAGUGGGGCAUCGUGGACCUGUCGGGCCACCAGCACCUUUUUGGGGCCGGGGGGCUCAAGCGGGGCCCGGCCCCGCCCUCCGGGACCCCCGCCCCGCCCGGGGCCCCCCCCCGAGGCCAAGGAGGAGCGCAGCUACUUCCGGCGCCUCAAGUACCUGGUGGAGCGGCGCUUCACCUGCGCCGCCUGCCCCAAGCCCUUCCGGCCGGCCUCGCACCUGCCGCAGGUGCAGGCCGCGGGGGGCGGGGCCGAGGGCGGGGCGCGGCCCUACGAGUGCCGCACCUGCGGCCGCACCUACAGCCACGGCUCCAGCCUGGUGCGGCACCGGCGCUGCCACCGCGAAGGGCGGGAGGCCAGGGCGGCGCCGGGGGCGGGGCCCGCCGGGACCACGCCCAACGGGGGCGGCGCCGUGGCCAACGGGGUCGGUGCGGCGGCCAGUGUCAACGCGGCGGCCAACGGGGUCAACGUGGCACCCAACGGGGUCAACGCGGCACCCAACGGGGUCAACGCGGCACCCAACGGGGUCAACGCGGUGGCCAAUGCAGUCAACUCGUUGGCCAACGUCAACGGGGUCAACACGGUGGCCAACGUCAACGCAGUGACCAGUGGGGUCAACGUGGUGUCCAACGGGGUCAACGCAGUGGCCAGCAUGAACUCUGCAGCCAACGGGGUCAACGUGGUGGCCAACGGGGUCAACGCAGUGACCAGUGGGGUCAACGCAGUGACCAGCAUGAACUCUGCGCCCAACGGGGUCAACGUGGUGGCCAACGGGGUCAACGUGGUGGCCAGCAAGGUCGGUGUGGCGGCCAACAUCAACACGCCACCCAACGGGGUCAACGCGGUGGCCAACGUCAACGUGGCGGCCGGCGGGGCCAACGUGGUGGCCGGCGAGGUCAGUGUGGUGGCCAGCGUCAACGCGGCGGCCACCGAGGUCAACGCGGCCAACAGAGUCAACGUGGCGCCCAACGGGGUCAACGCGGUGGCCAACGCCAGCGUGAUGGCCAACGGGCUGAACGCGGCGGCCGCCAGGGUCACCGCGGCCAACGGGCUCAACGUGCUGGCCACCGUCAACGGGGGCAGCCCCUUGACCGUGGCGGUCAACGCCGUGUCCGGCGGGGUCACCGCGGCCUCCAGCGGGGUCGUGGCCGGCGCGGCCGCGGCGCCCAACGGCGUCGGCGCCCUGGCCGCCCCCCUGGCGCCGGCGGGCGUGCCGGGCGCGGUGCUGCCGGUGCCCGCCGGGGGGGUGCUGCUGGCGCCCGUGGGCGUGCUGCCGGCGGCGGGGGCGGCGGGCGAGGGGCCGUUCCCGUGCCCGCUGUGCUGGAAGGCCUUCAAGAAGCCGAGCCACCUGGCGCAGCACCAGAUCAUCCACACGGGCGAGAAGCCGUUCGCCUGCGCCGCCUGCGGCCGCGCCUUCAACCGCCGCGAGAGCCUGACGCGCCACGUGCGCACCACGCACGCUGCGCCCGCGCGCCGCCUGCCCUGCCCCGUCUGCGGCAAGGAGUUCCGCGACGCCGCCUACCUGCUGCGCCACCAGGUGAGCCACGGCGCGCCGCGCCCCGCCCACCGCUGCGACGUCUGUGGCAAGGCCUACGCCGCGCCCCAGAGCCUGCUGCGCCACCGCCGCGCCCACGCCGGGGACGGCGCCAACACCGGCGCCGCCGCCAACGCCGCCGGGAGCGCCGCACCCGCCGGGGGGCGGAGCUUCGGCUGCCAGGUGUGCGGGCGCGCCUUCGGGCGGCGCGAGACGCUGCGGCGGCACGAGCGCAUCCACACCGGGGAGAAGCCGCACGAGUGCGCCGUCUGCGGGAAGCGCUUCCGCGAGUCCUUCCACCUGCGCAAGCACCGCGUGGUGCACACCCGCGAGCGGCCCUACCGCUGCGAGCUCUGCGGCAAGGCCUUCGGCUACCCGCAGAGCCUGACGCGGCACCGCCAGGUGCACCGCGGCGCCGCGCCCGCCGCGCCCGCCGGCCCCGAGGCGGCGCCGGCGCUGGGCUGCGGCGCCUGCGGGCAGCGCCUCCCCGACCUGCUGCGCGCCGUGGCGCGCAAGGACCCGGCCGCCGGCGCGCCCGAGCGGCCGCAGGGCUGCGACACCUGCGGGCAGGUCUUCGGCUUCCUGGAGAACCUGGUGUGGCACCGCCUGGUGCAGGCGGCCGCGCCCCCGGCCCCGCCCGCGCCGCCCGCGGCCGGCGAGGCCCCGGCGCGGCCCGAGGAGCCGCCGGCGGCGCCCAGCGCGCGGCGCUUCGCCUGCGGCACCUGCGGGCGCGGCUUCCGGCGGCUGGCGGCGCUGGUGACGCACAGGUACGCGCACCUGGCGGGGCGGCGGCGCUGCGGGGCGUGCGGGCGGCGCUGCGCGGGCGCCCGGGAGCUGCUGCGGCACCGGCGGCGGCACCUGCGGCGGCGCCCCGCGCCCUGCGGCGCUUGUGGCCGGCGCUUCUGGGCGGCCGCGCUGCUGCGGCGGCACCGGCGCUGCUGCCCCGCCCGGCGCCGCCCGCCCCGCCGCCGCACCUGCGGCCACGCCCGCCGCGCCCGGCCGCCGCCCCCGCGCUGCCCGCUGUGCGCCCGGCGCUGCGCCCACGCCGCCGCCCUGGCCGAGCACCUGCGGCGGCACCGCCCGGCGCGCCCGCGGCGCUGCCGCACCUGCGGGGAGAGCUUCCGCUUCCGCGGGAACCUGCUGGAGCACCGGCGGCGCCACCUGGGCGAGCAGGUGUACCGCUGCGAGCGCUGCGGCAAGAGCUUCUUCUACCUGGGCUCGCUGGCGCGGCACCUGCGCGGGCACGAGCGGCGGCCGCGCUGCCCCCGGUGCCGCCGGCGCUUCGCCCGCGCCGCGCUGCUGCGGCGGCACCGCUGCCGGCGGGGCGGGGCCGCGGCGGGGGCGGGGCACUGAGGGCGCAGGUGCCA